UCUUGGACUAUAACAGGUGUUUAUUACAGUGAAACAAAAUUCACUUUGAAUGUCAACCAUCUAAAUGUCAGUAUGUUCAAAUCAUCAUUUGGUCAAUAAGUCUCAAACAAAUUUUGGAGAUGAUUGUCCUGUAUUAAUAAAGUGAAAUAGAAAAUUUCAUAGUUAACUAGCUCUCAAAAAACCCACCAUUUCCAUCAUGAGGAUUCCACAUUCCAUCAACCCCAGCACUCUGGUUGAAUACAGUCCAUCCCCUGAAAGCUUGGACCUCGUAGGGGAAGAUCAACGGAAGAUAAUUUCCGAGAACUUCGACUGGAACAAGGACCAUUGCCCCACGCUCAUCCAUUUCUGUUUGAAAGCUAUCGCGAAAAAUUUCGAGAAAAAACCCAUUUUCGACGAGCUACCCUGUGAAGACAAAGACCAACUUUUGGAAAUCAUCCCUACGGAUUUACCAUUGGAACAGGCCAUUCCCUUCAUCCAUGAUGAGUACUAUUGGAAGAGGCGAUACGAAGCUCAUUUCAAAACAAUCACACGAAGAAAACCAAAAUCGUGGACCUGGAAGAACCUCUACUUGGAGCGCCACCUGCAGAAAUUGGUAGAGGAGGCCCAACCCCAGUACUCGGACGAGGAGAACAUGGGGGACAUAUUGGACUUGUGUUCCCCCUAUGUGAGUAGGUUGAUAGUUACCCAACUGCAGCUUUGGCAACCACCGUUAAACAUGGACAAAGAGGACUACCCCGAAAUCUUUCCUGUGGAUCAUAUCAAUUUUCUUUACAUACUGAGAAAAUUGUGUACUGUGACUGAGUUUGACUUGGUUUUCGGUAUGAAUGAUGUCUCAGAGAAAUUCGACUGGAACAUGUUCAAGGUAACGGUGCUGGAUUGCCAGCGUUUAGGAAAAGCCUUGCUGGAACUGAAAAACCUAGAAAUUCUUAGAAUCCAUCGCAGCAGACUGGGAAACGAGCACUGUCAAGCGCUGAUGCAGAACCUGAUUAAAAACAAAUCGCUGCUGGAACUAGAUCUGUCCAAUUGCGAAAUAGGCGAUCAGGGUGCCUUGUGUGUUGCGAAAUUCUUGGCAGGCCAUCCAUCUUUAAAAAUACUCAAUUUGGCUAAUAAUCGUAUUGGCAAAAUCGGGGCCGAAGGUCUGGGUUUCACUCUUCUCCUUCCGAGUUGCGCCCAAAUCCACACGCUCGUUUUGAAGCUCAAUCCACUGGGCAAAGACGGCGCGAUGGGUAUCAUGCGGGGCAUAGUGCGGUGCUCCAUUCCCUUGGAGCUGUCCAUGGCUGGCUGCGAUCUGGAGGGCGAUACGCCCGUCAAAAUCGGACAGAUGAUCAGGAUCAACGACACCUUGGAGAAGCUCGAUUUGAGCAACAACUGGUUCGGAGCGGAUGGUGGGACGUAUGUGGUGGAAGCUUUGAAUGAGAAUUACACUUUGCAAUGGCUGGACAUGAGAGAAACCGACAUAACCUCAAACCAGCAGCAGACCAUAAAAUCGUAUCUCUUCAGGAAUCGGCGAUUGAAAGCCCAGGAGGACAAGUCGACUAGCAGAAGCUGCAUGAAUGAAGAAAGUUUCGUGACCGAUAUUAUUUACAGAAAAAGCGAACAAAAACCAUACAUUCUCUCUGCCUUUGACGAAUAAUAUACAUAACAUUAUGUAAUACAUAAGUAGUGUCUGAUAAUUAAUAUG